CCGAGGAGGCCGGGGGCAACGGGGUGGAGCACGGCUCUGACAAAGGGCAGGCGGGCGGGAGGCAGUUUCUGCUGGUAUCUUCUUCCUGCUGCGGCCAGCCCCUGGUGCCCGCCACGGAGCCUGCUGGAAGGUGAGGGUAGCCGGUGGGCAGGCGUGUUCGGAGGCUCUGGGAGCUCAGGGCAUGGCGGGGCCCCUGCGGGGCCGGGUGGAGGAGCUGAAGCGGCCGCGGUGGCGGGAGAGCUCCCCACGGGUGCUCCAGCACAGUGAGGCCGCCCGGCUGGCGGCCGAUGCCCUCCUGGAGCGGGGUGAGGUUGCCUACCUGCGGGUCAUCUCCGCGGAGCGGGAGCUGCCCUUCCUGAGCCCUCUGGAUGUGGACUACAUGACCAGCCAUGCGCGCGGGGGCUCUGAGCUAGGCGAGGCCCAGGGACCCGAGGCUGCAGGGCCUGACCACCUCAGCCUGCUCUCCGAAGUCACCUCCGGCACUUACUUCCCCCUGGCCUCCGACAUAGACCCCCCGGACCUGGACUUGGGCUGGCCCGAGGUGCCACGGGCCGCGGGCUUCAGGCCCACGCAGGCUGUGGUCCACUUCCAGCGGGACAAAGCCAAGAGCGUCAAGGACCUUCUGCAUUUCCUCUUCAGCCAGGCCCGCACGGUGGUGGCUGUGGUGAUGGACAUCUUCACCGACAUGGAGCUUCUGUGUGACCUCAUGGAGGCCUCGUGCUGGCGUGGUGUCCCCGUCUAUCUGCUUCUGGCCGAGGAACACCUGAGGCACUUCCUGGAGAUGUGCUACAAGAUGGACCUCGAUGGAGGGCACCUACAGAACAUGCGUGUGCGGAGCACGUGUGGGGACACAUACUGCAGCAAGGCAGGCCGCCGCUUCACGGGGCAGGCCCUGGAGAAGUUCGCCAUCAUUGACUGUGAGCAGGUGGUGGCGGGCAGCUACAGCUUCACCUGGCUUUGCGGCCAGGCCCACACGAGCAUGGUGCUGCAGCUGAGGGGCCGCAUCGUGGAAGACUUUGACCGGGAGUUCCGCUGUCUUUAUGCCGAGUCCCGGCCCGUGAAGGGCUUCUGCGGAUGUGAAGAUCCCCUGUCUCCCAGGGCACCGUGCCCUCCCCCAGUGGCCCUGGCCUUCAGGCCCGGCAUCCCCAGCACCACAUCCUCGUCGCGCUCCAGCACCAGCCUCAGCAGCAUCAAGUGCUCACCUCGCAGGGGUCACUCCUCCUACCCCGCUCUGCCAAGAGGUGGUGGCUGCAGUGACACGGCCUCUGCCGUGGUCUUACUUCUCCCUGAUGGACACCUUCUCCGUGGGUGACUUCAUCCACCCCAGGCUUCAGCUCCACAUCUCAGCCCUUCCGUCUCCCCUGGGCUCCAGAUCCGGCCUGGGCAUCUGUCCC